AUGAGCACCAAGUUGGUUCUCUGCCUGUGCCUGGCGCUCUUCGGAGCCCUGGCCACGGCCCGUCCCGAGGUGGAUACCGUCGAUCCAACAGCCGAGCUGGAGAAUAGCCAGGAGCAGGAGCUGAACAGCGUGGAGGACACCGACGUCCAGGCCGAUCCUUCGACUUGGCGCAAGCUACUGGGAGACGGCAGCACCGGAAACCUGGUCAUUACUUUCCCCUCGACAACCACCACCACCAAGCCGAAGAGCAGCAAGCGUCCCCACUACCCCUCUCCACCCAAGUACCCGACGUACCCGUACCAGCCGUACCCGUACCCAUACCCCUACCCCGGGGGAUACUAUCCACCACCACCGCCAUAUCCCUAUCCAUGGACCCCGGGUCCCGGAGGUCAUGGCGGACAUGGAGGCCAUGGAGGCCCACCCCCAAAACACACGACGACCACCACCACCACCACGACAACCACCACACCUAAGCCUAAGCCAGACCCUGGACACCCCCAUCCUGGACACGGACCGCCACCAGGUCAUCAUGGUCAUCACCCGUACCCACCUUACCCAUAUCCUCCCUACUAUCCGUACCCACCACCUCCACCACCACCGCCGCCACCACCACCACCACCAAGCAACGACUCUGGGGAGAGCUCCGGCGAAACCACUACUCACAACAAGUGCAAAAACAUCCUGGGCCUGGGAUGGCUUUGCGCAAACUAA